CUGCAACGUAAACUCAAGAAUCGUCACAUCACCAUGAUUAGUAUUGGCGGUGUUAUCGGUACUGGUCUUUUUGUUGGAACUGCAGACUCCUUAUCGCAAGGAGGCCCCAUCGGUCUGUUGCUCGGUUACAUAGUCAUGGGCUCUAUCGUCUAUUGCGUCAUGAUCACUUUAGGAGAAAUGAUUUCCUACCUGCCUAUACCUGGUGGUCCCAUCAAACUGGCUGAGCGCUUCGUUGACCCUGCGUUCUCUUUUGCCGUGGGUUGGAAUUACUGGUACAGCUGGACGAUUACCUCACCUGCCGAGUUUUCUGCUGCUGUAGUAUUGAUAAACUUUUGGAAUCCCUCUGUCAAUAAUUCAGUGUGGGUCGUCAUAUGUAUUGUCGUCGUUCUGGCCAUUAACAUGCUCGGUGCUGGCGCUUACGGCGAGGCGGAAUUCAUAUUUGCAUCCAUUAAGGUCAUCACAAUCACUAGUCUUAUCAUCAUCGGUAUAGUCAUCGAUUUGGGAGGCGGCCCAAACCAUGACCGCAUUGGAUUCCGCUACUGGAAAAAUCCUGGACCAUUCGUUCAGUAUAAUGGCAUCGAAGGUGCCAAGGGACAAUUCCUUGGCUUUUGGGCUGUUUUGAUGCAAGCUGCUUUCUCGUUCCUUGGAACCGAGAUUGUUGCUAUUGCUGCUGGAGAAGCGAAGAAUCCUCGUCGUAACUUGCCCAAAGCCAUCCGUCGAGUAUACAUCCGUAUAUUGCUUUUUUACAUUGGUGGAACAUUCAUCAUUGGUCUGCUUGUACCAUCCAACGACCCAUCUCUCCAAUUGGCCCAUGACACAGCCGCCAAGUCUCCAUUCGUCAUUGCUAUCGAAAAGGCGGGAAUUAAAUCACUGCCUUCGAUCAUCAAUGCUUGUUUGUUGACCUCGGCAUGGUCCGCCGCAUCUAGUGAUUUGUACACGGCGUCUCGUGCGAUUUGUGCGUAUACUUAUCUGGCAGUCAACUCAUCGAAAUCAACUAUUUUCGUAGAUGGUCUUGCAAUCUCAGGAAAUGCUCCCAAGUUCUUCCUUAAAACCUCACGCAACGGACUGCCUUAUGUCGCUAUCCUCUUCUCCGCCUCUUUCUCCCUUCUUACCUUCAUGGCUGUGUCCAACAAUGCGGGCUCAGUGUUUAUCUGGUUUUCUAACAUGACAUCCGUCGCUGGCCUUAUGACAUGGUUUGGUAUUUCGGUGACGUACCUCCGUUUCUACAAGGGUAUGCAGGCCCAAGGCAUCGACCGCACGAAGUUCCCUUACUACACAAAUCUCCAGCCAUACGCAGCGUGGUGGGGAGCAGUUUCAACGGUUACCAUCUGUUUCUUCAGCGGAUGGAACGUCUUCCUCAAAGGAGAGUGGAGUAUUGCAACUUUCAUCACCAACUACAUCCUUUUCAUCACCUGGCCAAUCAUGUACUUUGGCGCUCGCUUCUACUAUGGUACCAAGCCUGUUGCUCCAGAGGACAUGGACUUCAAGACCGAUAUAGCUGAAAUUUUAGCGGACAUGUAUGAUGAUCCCCCGCCAAAGAGCAAGCUGGAAGCAUUCUUACAAUGGCUGUUGUAGAUGUAGCGAUACCUGCAAUAGUACCUGGAGCCCAUCGAUUCUCGUCAAUCACAUCACUUUUUUUACGAAUCCUCAAUUGUUCGACAUACGUGGUUGUUCGUUGUAAGUAUGUCACUACCAACCUACCAAUAUAAUAAUAUUUCUUAGUAUUGCUUACAAUGCUUAUGCAUGUAACAACACGCCUUUUCUGCUUGGACUUGUUUAUUUUUCUUUGCACCAUCAUCUCAUAUCUCGAACCUUAGCUAUCAUGAAUACAGCGUUUUGUUCUGUUAACCGAUUGUCUCGACUUUGGUGUAACUCGUCACACGACGAGUUUCCAUCUUACUGACCAAAUGUGAUUCUGGCUUUACUUGAAGCACAUUGCACCUUGCAUUUAGUGAACCUUGCAGAAAAACGGAUUUUCGUUUGGAUUCCAACCUUGUAAAGACCAG